AUGGAAACAGCAUGUCCCGUGAACUUCGAGUUCAUGAACUACACAAUCAUAACAAGCCAAUGCAAAGGUCCCAAGUUCCCACCAAAGCAAUGCUGUGACGCCUUCAAGGAAUUUGCGUGUCCUUACGCGGAGGAUCUCAACGACCUGAGCAACGAUUGUUCAACCACUAUGUUCAGUUACAUCAACCUCUACGGCAAAUACCCUCCUGGGCUUUACGCAAGCCAGUGUAAAGAAGGUAAAGAAGGUCUCGAGUGCCCCGCUUUGUCUCCCUCUUCAGCGGCGGACAUAAACGCAGCCACCGCCACCACCACCACCGCUUCUUCUUGUCUUUGGCUAACCGUUUCUGCAGCUUUCUUGGUGUUUGUUAAGUUGUUCUGA